AUGAGUAAUUACAUGAGUUAUGAUAGAUACAACCAGCCAACCAAGUUGGAUCAAAAUGCAAACACCAAUAUAGAUCAAGACCUUGCCAAUUCACGAAGCACCAAAUACCAAGAAAGACAAUUGGAAGUUAAACAAUACUUGUAUGAUGUAAUUACACCUCAUUACCCCCAAUUGUUCACCAAGAAGUUCAGUACAGACAACACCACUUCAUUCAUAAAAACCGUUGAUUUGAUGGAUAUGUUAAAAGACGGAGAAGUGUUGUGUAAACUAGGUUCAUUAUUGAGUGACGUACCUGGUAACCCUACGGUCAAAUUCAAGAAUUCACAAAUGGCAUUCAUUCAAAUGGAAAAUAUCUCGUUCUUUUUGAAAUUAUGCGAAUUGAUAAAUUUACAACAUGAUGAAAUAUUUCAGACUGUUGAUUUGUAUGAAAAGAAGGAUCCUUAUCAAGUUAUUGUUACGCUUAUGUCGUUCUCUCGAUUGGCUCAUGAUAUAGAUAGUAUUAAGUUUCCAAGAGUAAUUGGGCCAAAGAUUGUCAAGGUUAAACCCCUGGUACCUAAUAAGCCAUUCAAGUUGAGAGCAUAG